AUGGCUCUGAGUAAGUCGACAGCCCAGCUCAAGGGCUCAAACAUCUGCUCCCGGAGAAGGAUGCAACUCCCCUACGAGCUGUUCCCGCAACAUGCCGAGGCCAAACAAGCCGGCUUCAGCCCGCGUACGGUAGAGGCCGUACAUGUCGUACAGCCCUCGGAAGACCAGUCCUUCCCCGCCGCGGCCGCGGCCAACCAGGCUCCCGGGGGGGGUUGGGUGCCUCCGUACAUCGCUGGUGCUAGGGAGGCAUCUGGAGCGAGUUCGCAUGCCAGCCGGCGCGGCCCACAGCGGCCGUGCGAGCCGAAAGCUCAGAAGCUUCAUCUUGGCGGCGGCGGCGGCAGCGUCGAAGGCAGCUGGGAACACGUCGAUGCACAGCGUUACGACGAACGCGACGUGGUCAAGGUUGAGGAAAGCUUGCCGUACAAAGAUGAAGUAGAUUGGACCGAACAGGGCGCCUUGCAUCGGCUGGGCUUGGCCGCUCAGGUGGCAGUACCAUGGCGGCAGCGAAGGCGGCUAGCAGUGUGGCGUGAACAGGAAUCCUUAAUGCAGCAGCUGCUGCUGCACGCUCGACCAGUCGCAGAGAGGGGUAGGGCCAGCGGAAGCGGCGGCCCCCCGGCCACCUCAGCUGCCAUCCCCUCAUCGAUUCCACCACAAAACCAAAGCGCAUGCGAUACGACACUUCGUCAGUCCUAUCGUUGUCGUAAACCGCUUGUGGAGCCGGAGGUCGCGAGCCAGACGGACGCGGCAGGGAGUUUUGAGGGUGCUCUCAGCCUCAGCCCCACAUCGCCGCGGGGUCCUGCGAACAGUGACCUACCAUGGGGAUCAGUGAUGGCUCCCAAGGCUAAUCUUGGAGACGGCACCGGCACCUCGCCGGCGACGGUUAGGCCCCGGCUUCCGGUGCAACGAAAACCGUUACAACCGCCUCAGAGGCUACAACCACCACCGCAGACCUGGCGACCGCCUGGUUUAUCGGAGUUACCACAACCGCACCCACAUUAUCAGCAAGCACAAUGCGGGUUACAGAAGCGGCAGCACCAGCAGCCGCACCAAGGCAACGGCUUCGUGCUGAGUCGGAGCGUCCUAUCGAGUCUUCUUUUAGCCGGGGCAGCCGCGGCUCGGCGGCAGCGCGGCAACGCCGCACUUGUGUACGGCAGCGGCAGCUACCCCCCUGCUCAUAAGGAUUUUCGAGAGGAGGUAGUCCCGACGGGGCUGUCCGCAGUACGGCAGCUGACUGCCAGCUACGGCGACGGUGUAGACGAUCGUGAGUCAGAGGAGGUGGCGGCAAUCAGGAAGGCGGAGGCUGCAGGCAGCAUAAGCGCAGCUGUAUCGGCCCGGGGUGAGUACGACAGUGUCAAGUACGACAGUGCGGCGGCGGCGGCGCCGAGCAGUGGCGCUGCCGCUGGCGUAGCACCAGCAGCCUCUCGGCAGCCGACGGACGUAGGCCACCGCGGCGCUACGUUGGCGGCGGCGGCGGCGGCGGCCGGGGGCUGUGGCGGUGGCGACGGCGGCGGCGUUUACAUCAAUACAUCCGGCGAUUGUCACGGCCGAACGGGAACCACUACCGUCGGUCAGUCGGUGGCGCCGCCGACAGAAGGGCAUGGCCGGAUGGCCGUACAGGAGAAGUACGGAUAUGGCUCUGACGACGUGCAAUGCGUAAUCACGUACGAAAAGCCUGACAAAGUGCCGGGGCAUGCACGUAUGCUCAAGUUACUGCAACAACAACAGCAGCAGCAGCAACAGCACGACCUGAUGGUGACGAGGAGGGAGAUGCAAAAAAACAGACAUUACGAGCUUGCGUCCUAUAUCACAGACCUGGGCUGUGAUGAUGGUACCGGACUCCCUGGAGGUGCCGCAAGGGAAGCGCAGCGGCAGUCGCUGGCGGGGGGAUCCCUAAUUGCAGUUUCACGGCAGCAUGGUGCUACCGCUACCACUACUGUUAGGGCUACAGCUAUUGCCCAUAUCGCCAUAGGACAACAAACCCAAACGGAGGCGGUGCAGAAGACUUCCGCGGAGAGUGGAGGCAAGCCGUUGCUGCCGCCACCUGCGAUGGUGGCGGCGGCGGCCAAGGUCGCGGCAGCGUCGUCGCUGAGACAGCCGUAUAUUCACCUCAAGGCAACGACCCCAGCAACGCCGCAUCACGCCAACGCAGCGGCCAUUCGUGGCACGUCCGGCAGCAUCACGACCGGCGCGCGAAGAUCAGAAAGUGUGGGAGCAUCGCCAGCACCGACAAUUGUACGGGAGACAGGCACGGGAGGGCUGCUGUCUGGACCUGGUGCUGCUGCCACCGUCGCCGAAGGCAGUCCCAGGGCCGCUCAGGCCUCCCCAGAGGCGUCCUUCAGGAUCUGCCCCGCGGAGAAUGAUUCUCCUUUCGCCGCCAGAGAGGCAGCUGUGAUAGCCACUGCGGCUGUGGCUCCGGCGACUGCCGUGCGGAACGGGCCUAGGCAGAUCUCCCCGGUGGCGGCGGCGCUGCUGCCACCACAGUCGCCGCCGCAGGCGUCGGCGUGGAGGAGCGGCCUGAAGGCGUCGCAUGCGAUUCUAAGCCAGUCCGGGUCCGCAAGCGCCGUCGGAUGUCUGGCACGCCGGCGGCGGAGGCUGCACAAGGGCUGCCGGCCGACGCCGCCACGGGCGUACGGAAACCGGAGGAUAUGCACACGCAUCUGGCACCUCGCAGCCGGCAGCCGACAAAAGAGCAGCAGCGGCCUGGCUCUGGAUCUGGACAGCGGCCUGGCUCUGGAUCUGGACAGCGGCCUGGCUCUGGAUCUGGACAGCGGCCUGGCUCUGGAUCUGGACAGCGGCCUGGCUCUGGAUCUGGACAGCGGCCUGGCUCUGAAUCUGGACAGCGGCCUGGAUCUGAAUCUGGACAGCGGCCUGGAUCUGAAUCUGGACAGCGGCCUGGAUCUGGAUCUGGACGCGCCAAGCAGCAUGCCCAUCAGCCGAAGCAGCCGCAGCAAAUGGCGUCGCAACAGGAACCUGGUAGCUUACGGGCAGAUCAGCAGCAGUUUCAAAUUCAAAUUCCAAAACAGCGUCACGGACAGCCACAACGAGAACAGCGCCAGCUACGGCACGCGGACCACCAGCAGCAGCAGCAGCUCAGUGCACAAGCUGUUGACAGCAGGGCCGCACUGCGAGCAGACCGCCGGGCGCGACGCCGUCGGGUUCGACCGCAUGGACGCGAUCAUGGGUCCUGGCCAACCAGAACCCCCGGCAACAGGCAGCCGCCUUCACAGCAACGUAACAGGACAGAUAGACAUCCCAGGCCAGCAACAGCAGCAGGAGGACCACCAUUACCACCAUUACCACCACCAACAACAGCACCAACAACAACCAAAACAACAGCAGGAAAAACAGCGGCAGGGGGAGGUCCAGGAGUUUGCGCGGCAGCGCCUGCGAGCAGCCCUCCGUGGCACGCCGCCGUCAUCACAGCCAGUUCUGUCCGGCGCAUAUCCAGAUUGCAGUGGCAUCGGUCCUGAUGCGGGUGUAGCAGGUGCGGGUGUUGGCACUGAACCGCCGUUCGGCAGGUCUGCCGACGGGGAGCAGCAGCUGGGCACCCAUGUGAGGUGGGGUGCCAGUAGUGGUGGGGCUGCUGCGGGUCCGUGGGACGCAGCGGAACCCCGGUUGGAGAGAAGCUCAAGGAAGCAGCGACGUCAGGAGGAUACGGAACCACGUGUUGAGGAGGAGGAGGAGGAGCAGCGAAGGCGGCGGAAACCCUGGCAGCACCAGCACCAGCCGCAGGAGCAGCACCGGGGGCUGCUACAGCGAGGGCAGCCGCAGCUACAGCGGGCCCUGGGGGAUCCAGAAGAGCAGCCGCUGCAGCAGCAGCAGCCUGCACAUCACCAUCGCAACCGAUACCACCACAACCACCAUCGCCAUCACCUGCCGCUGGGCUUCAAGGACGAUGUACGAAGCGAAGCCAUGGCGGCCCCGACCUGGUCGGCCGCCCGCCCGGGCGUCGGACCGUCGUUCGCGGCUGGUGGUGUUGAUGCCACGGCUGGACGCGGCUCCGGUGUUGGCGGCGAUGCCGGCAACAGCACAGCAGCGGCUGCAGGAAAGGGCUCCGCAGGCGCCGCAGCUGCUGUGGAGGUCGGGGCUGGGAGCGCGGUCCAGCGGGGUGCGGGCGGUGACAUUCGGUUGGAGGACCUGCGCAAGACUUUCAACAUGCCGGCGCCGCAGGCCGCUAUGGCUUUGGGCACCAGCACGACUAACUUGAAGCGCAAGUGUCGGCAGCUGGGUAUCCUUCGCUGGCCGCACCGGAAGCUGGAUAGCCUGAACAGGCUACGCAGCUUAGUGCUCAGUGACGUGGUGGAGAAGUCACAGCGACAGGCCUUCCUUAUCAUGAAGUACUAUCGGGUAACCCCGUCCGCGAUCUCCACUAUCCGCGUCGGCAUGCAGGCUCUGCUCGACAGCAUCGCCCGCAACAUCCAGCAGAUUCACCAGGACCCCAACUCAGGUCUGGUUCCGUCCCUAAAGAACCUCCGCCAAGCGUACUACAAGCGCGGUUUUGACGUGCGAGCCCGCCGUGGGGGGUCGCUCGUGGCGGGUACCACAGACAGCGACAACUGCUCGGCGUGA